AGCGCGCGAGAUCACGAGAGCGCGAGAUCACGAGAGCGCGCGAGAUCACGAGAGCGCGCGAGAUCACGAGAGCGAGCGAGAGAGAUCACGCGAGCGAUCACGAGAGCGAGCGAGAGAAGAGAGAUCACGCGAGCGAUCACGAGAGCGAAGAUCACGAGAGAGAGAGCGCGCGAGAGAUCAC